CCUUCCUCCCUCCCCUCCACAGCAUUGCAGCAUUCGCCGACUGCAGCUCCCAGACGCCGCCCGUAUCCCUCCGGCCUCCGCAGCCCCAGCCGCCUCCAGCACCAUGGCCAGCACCGUAUCUGGUAUAAACUCCACCCAUCACGCAGUCCUGCCCUGAGCCCACCCCUCACGCCCAGAGAAUUUCAGUAUCAUCCUAAGAGGGGACCACGUGUGUAAAAGACCCUUUAAGCUCCGGCUCCAAAAACAUGGACCCAACCUCAGCUUCGUGCUAUAGCCAGACCUGGCCCAUUUCUCCAUCAGCCCCAGCCUACAAGGAGAAGAUGAAGGAGUUGUCUGUGCUGUCACUCAUCUGCUCCUGCUUCUACUCACAGCCUCACCCCAACACCAUCUACCAGUAUGGGGACAUGGAAGUGAAACAGCUGGACAAGCGAGCCUCUGGCCAGAGCUUCGAGGUCAUCCUCAAGUCUCCUUCUGACCUGUCCCCAGAGAGCCCUGUGCUCUCCUCUCCCCCCAAGAGGAAGGAUGCUUCCUUGGAGGAGCUGCAGAAGCGGCUGGAGGCAGCCGAGGAGCGGAGGAAGACCCAGGAGGCUCAGGUGCUGAAGCAGCUGGCAGAGAGGCGUGAGCACGAGCGCGAGGUGCUGCACAAGGCGCUGGAAGAAAACAAUAACUUUAGCCGCCUGGCGGAGGAGAAGCUUAACUACAAGAUGGAGCUGAGCAAGGAGAUCCGCGAGGCGCACCUGGCCGCUCUGCGCGAACGGCUGCGCGAAAAGGAGCUGCAUGCUGCUGAGGUGCGCAGGAACAAGGAGCAGCGGGAGGAGAUGUCUGGCUAAGGAGCACUGGACCCAGCAGCGACGACAACGCUUUCGGGUUUUGUUUUUGUCUUGUUCAGUUCUGUCUAGAUGCAAAUUUUGUUCCUGCUCCUACCCGCUCUCCUGCACCCCUAGCUUCCUGCUUCUCUUCCCACACAAUGAACUGUCCAGUCCUUAUAAUGUGUCUGACUUUGGGCUCUCUCUAAAGGAGUUCCCUAGUUCAGACACCAGGCCAGGUGCGGCUGGGGCUCUCUUGGUGGCCCUCUUAGUGGAUGUGUUGGCAAUCUUAAUAAAUCUAGUGGCAGUGGCA